AUGUCUGUAAUGCGACGGAUAUUCAUAUUUAUCUUUCUCGGCUUUCUGUGCGGCGCUGUCGUGAUUUUAUACGUUGGGCCAAAAUCACGGAAGGCUGUUAUUAUACCGAACAGGAGUCAAGUUGAGGUGAAACAAACCAAUUGGAGACGCAAUGAUAGCCUAUUCACCUUCAUACAUGUGUCAAACAAGAGCCGGAACACCAACAAGCUCCUCCCAGUCCAGUCUCGGUCGUGUCGUCCAAAGAAGCACUUCGUCUUCGUCAAGACACACAAGUGCUCGUCCACGACACUAGCAAGCCUCCUGAGAAAAUAUGCACUGGACUAUAACUUGACCAUGGCGCUUCCCCUCAAGCCAGUUGUUCCGCGAUUACUCUUCACUCAGUCCUUAGGGUUUCCCGACGUGGUAUCUCGGAAGGACAUUUACCGCAUUGGAGAGAUGGAACGCAGGGGAAUCCCACUCGAAACCUCUUAUUUCCAUCAACGCUUUGACCUGAACACUUGGAAGAGCGUGAUGCCACCGGACACGGUCUAUUUAGCUGUGCUGAGAGAACCGCUUGACCAGCUCCGGUCAGCAAUUGGAUACAUGGGCAUCUUAGGAGAGCACUUCAAGGGACCCGUCCAGCAAAAGAUUUAUGAUUUCUAUUCCGAUCCGAAGGCAAAGCACUUCUAUUUCAAGCAUCGACAUACAACGUACUCGUGGACGAAGAGUUUCAUGGCGUUCACCCUCGGAUUAGUCCCGCAAAAUGCGUCGAUGGAUGUCGCGGAGAGAUACCUCCAAGAAGCAGAUGGUGUCUUUGACCUGGUUCUUCUGACCGAAUACUUGUUCGAGUCAAUCGUGCUGUUGAGGCGACGGAUGUGUUGGACAAUCCGGGACGUCGUGUUCAUGCGCCUGAACAGCGAGGUCAAAGAAGGAAUGAAAUAUCCCGAGGAGUUAUAUAAAAAGUCGCGAGCUUGGAACACAGUGGACCAUUUAUUCUAUGAUCAUUUUGAGAAAAAGCUCUUGCGAGAUAUUUCGAAUGAGGAUAAUUUUCAGGAGGAAUUAGAACAUUUUAAAGAAGUGAACUAUAAUGUCAACAGAUUUUGUGAACAAGUGACAGCGAAUGGACCACCGCCUUUUAUUGUGCCGGGGUCUGAUUGGAAUGAAGAAUUCACAUUUGCAAAAAAGGACUGUGACACUUUAAAAGCACGGCCUGACGGUGAAGGCGUGACAGAUGCGAUGAGGAAGCGUCUUGAUAAGACCAUUGAUACAUGGCCCGUGUAA